AUGGAGCUCGCUUUGGGGGCCAUGGCCGGCCUGGCUCCCAAGCUGGGCGAUCUGCUCAUGGCGGAGUACGUCGUGCAGAAGGGCCUCAAGCCUGACAUCGAAUCCCUCUCCAGGGAGCUUGUGACGAUGAAAGCUGGCCUGGAGGACAUGUCUAAGGUUCCACCGGACCAGCUCACUGAGGUGGAAAAGCUUUGGGCACGGCACAUCCGGGAGCUGUCUUAUGACAUGGAGGAUGCUGUCGAUGACUUUGUCCUGCGUGUGGCCGGCGGAGAGUGUGCAGCUGAUGCCACCGACGCCAACGUCUUCAAGAAGAUCAUUGGAAAGGCCACCGCUGCGGUGAAGAAGGUCAAGCAUCGCCGUGAGAUCUCUGACAAGAUUAAAGACAUCAAGAAACUCUCCGACGAGCUGGCUGGGCUCCGUGCCAAGUACACAGUUAGAGGCCUGGGAGCUGAUCUUGCCACGAGCACCGGCAUCGACCCCCGUGUCCGCAAUCUGUACAAGAAAGAGUCAGAUCUGGUUGGCAUCGAGGAGUCGAGGGACAAAGUCAUAAGGAUGCUAUCUAUUGAGGCCAAAGAUGAUGCUCAUGCGUCUGAUCAAGAUCUAAAGAUAGUGUCUAUAGUCGGGGUUGGAGGAUUGGGCAAGACUACUCUAGCCAAAACAGUGCAUGAUAUGCUUAAGAAACAAUUCGAUUGUUCUGCUUUUGUUUCUGUUGGUAGGACUCCUAACCUGACUAGGACAUUUGAGAAGAUGCUAGUGGAGCUCGAUAAGAAGUAUAAGCAAGUCGACAUGGCCAGAUGGGAUAUAGAGCAAUUUGGAAACGAACUGCAUGAAUUCUUAGAACAAAAGAGGUACUUCAUUGUUGUUGAUGACAUAUGGGAUGUUGAAUCAUGGAAAGAGAUCAGACAUGCCUUGGAGUACAAUAAUUGUAGGAGUAGAAUCAUCAUGACUACUCGUAAUUUUGAGGUUGCCACAAAAGCAGGAGAGGUUUACAAACUAAAACCUCUUUCUGAUGAAAACUCUGAGAAAUUAUUCUACAAAAGAAUACAGAGCCAGGAAGGAGAAAGUCUUGAUGGUGUAUCAGGUGAAUUGUCUAGUAAAAUCAUAGAUAAAUGUGGCGGCAUACCAUUGGCAAUCAUUGCAAUAGCUAGUUUAUUGGUUGAAAGACCGUAUGAGGACUGGUCAAAGGUUUAUGACUCAGUUGGUUUUGGGAAUGAAGACAAUACAACCAAGAUAGUGUCAUAUAGCUACUAUGAUCUGCCUUCUUAUCUAAAGCCAUGCAUAUUAUAUCUAAGCAAAUUUCAAGAAGAUUCUUUUAUUGAUACAAAGGGCGUGAUUUGGAUGUGGAUAGGUGAAGGUUUUGUCCAUCUUGAGAAAGAGGAGGGUAGUCUAUUUGAGGUUGGACAAAGAUACUUCAACGAGCUUGUCAAUAGAAGCUUGAUCCAACCAAUGGACCCCAAAUAUAAUUGGUUCACACAAUUUUUCCGUAUUCAUGAUAUUGUGUUUGAUUUCAUCCGUAAGUUGUCGGACGUUGAAAACUUUCUUACUGUUUUGGACAGCAGAGAGCAACAUGCUUCUCCGGACAGUUUAAGAAAUGAGAAGAAAGCAUACAUGCCUUGUUCGGACAGCAAGGUACGCCGGCUGGCUAUCCAAAAUCACCAUGUGCAGUGCUUCCCUGUAGACAGCAUGGAGAUGCCAGAGGUGCUGAGGUCACUUAAAAUUGAAGGUAGUAAGAUUGAGAAUAUGGCCCCGCUUCAUUGGUUUAGAGUUUGCCGUGUGCUAAAUUUUCAAAAAUGCCACGUCCCGAUCAGCCUAAAGCAUCUAGGGAGGUUGUUGCAUCUCAAGUACUUAGAUAUAUCUUACACAGUUGUUGAUGAGCUUCCUAAGGAACUGGGGCAUCUGAAAUCUCUACAGUCACUGGUAUUAAUCAAUAUUGGGCUAGACGAGCUAUCACCGACUGUUUGUUCGCUUACACAGCUGAUGUGCCUGGUAGCUCAGGGGUUCAAAAGGUUCCCAGCUAACAGGAUGGGGAACCUAACAUCUCUAGAGGAGCUACGGUUAGAGACCGUAGUUGGUCGGAGUACCACGGAGGACCUUGUGGUAGAGCUUGGCAAGCUGACGAGGUUGAGGAUGGUCAGGAUGACUUUGGCCGAGGAACUAGACGAGAGCUUGCAAAAAGCAUUGGUGCGAUCUCUGUGCAGUCUGCGGGAACCGCAGGAACUAGUGCUUUUUUCUUCAGGAUCACAGCAGGGUGACACUGUGUGGGAAGACUGGGAGGCACCUAUGCAGCUCCGGCGCCUGCUUAUACAAGGCAUCCGCUUCACGCGGCUCCCUGGGUGGAUCAAUCGUUCCCGCCUGCCACGCCUCUGCUCCUUAUCUCUAGGCAUGUACGCUGUUGGAGUACAUGACCUGGAUAACCUAGCGAGAUUGCCAGAGCUGAGCUACCUCCAGCUAGGCGGUUUCAGCUGGCCUCCAGGGUAUACUGUUGGUAAGGACGGCUUCAGGAAUUUGAGGUUCUGCCAUGUGGGCACAACGCUCAAGUUUCCUAUGGGCGCCAUGCCAAGGCUCGAAGAGCUGCGGUUUAGCGUUUAUGCAGGGUAUUGGAGUUGGGUAGUAAAUGAUGUGCCGUUGGAGCAGUUCCCAACAAAGGAUGAAAUCAAAGAUCUUGACUUGGGCCUGGAUAACCUCCUUUCACUUGAGAAAGUCACCGUCAGAGUCGACUGCAUGGGUGCUACUGCCGCAGAAGUGCAGGAGGUGGUGGCCGUGGUCACGCGUGCAGUGAAAAAUCAUCCGAACCGUCCAACUAUAAAAGUGGAUCGAGCAUAUGAAGGAAAUAUGUUAUCUGACAAACACAGGGUGGCUCUGCUUCAGCAAACAAUCAGAACGAACACUGACAAAAUGGUCUGCUCAUCUAACCAUCCCAACACAGAGAUUGACGACAGGCGCCACGACCUUCCUCAGCUUGGCUCCACUGCGCUUGUCUUCUCCUUUGGCGCCGGCUCGGAGGAACAUCAUGAGAGCACGGCUCGUAAGCGCUGUGCCCGCCGCAAACGUGCGAUUGGUAGCGCCCGCAAGCUGAGGCCCAGCACCAGGCUGGCUGAAAAGGAGCACCCGAACUUCGAGGACCCGUCUCCCAGCAGCGCCUCGCCCGUCCAAGUUGCCCGCGUCGACUUCUCUGGAAUUGAUAACUCUGUUUGUCCAAUCAUUCCAACCCAGCAGGUAAAUGUGAGUUGUUUAAGCACUGAAGAGACAAGUCCCAUCCAACAAGAUGAUUACAAGCAUUCGCAGAGCUUGUUAGAUUUGUGGUUCUUAGUCUAA